GUGUGUAGGCCAGCUGUGCGGCAGUAUCAUGGGCAGUGCGUGUGGGGGGUGCUCGUGUCUCUCGUGACCAGGCGUGAGUGUUACUGUCCUCAGUCGUAUUCGUCUCUGUCGAUCCGCCGUGUAACGAACGACCAUGCCGAAGCCAACGCCGGUAGAAGACCUGAUCAUCCCUCCACAGGACAACCGUAUCUGUGGCACGAUCUGCAUGUGUCAGAUGACAGCGGUGCUGAGUAGCGUGGCGAUCGUGUAUCUGACAGUCGCUAUCUACAUGCCCAGCAUGAGGGCGUUCAAGUCGGGCAUCACCGAGGUGCCCGCCAUGUGCACGACCACACGAGCCGUCACCAAGGACAACUGUGACUGGGGCUCGUGCGGCGAGUGGUGCCUCAGCAAGACGUCAGGCGCCUGCAUACAGAUCUACGUGAACCUGCGACACAACGGCUCCAGCUUGCUGUUCGCGAACUGUACCAACACGGCCAACAAAACGUGCUACGGCAUAGACCAAGAGAACGCCAAGAAGAAUCGGUGUAUCGCGGACGAGUGCAGGAAUCUGACCGGUACCUUCAACUGCACCAUGGGCACCUGCAUCAACAUUACCGACGCCUUCGAGUGCGUCUUCAAGGAAACGGACGCGCCUCUGAAGUGUUCCGGGCGGAGAGGGAAAAUAAACUGUAUAGAGAUAGACGGUUUACAGCAUUGCAACCGAGGGACUUGCGAGAGGAUCAGGUCGCCAUACAACUGCGACCGGCGCUGCGUGGACAUCCCCACCCGCAACAAGAACGUCAUCGUACUGAGCGGAGACAAAGUGUACUUGUCACAGUGUCAACGUGCCAUCAACAUGGCCACGGACUCGGAGAUCUGGAGUGAGAGCGCGGACAACGUACUCAUGGCUUCCUGUUACACCAUCGAGAACACGUCAUCCGGCAUCACGGCCUCGGACUGCAUCAACGGAUCGGUACUAGAGAAACACCUACUGACCGACUUGACCAACUUCACGUACCUGACCUAUCUCAGCGUGUUCGCCACAAAGAUUCUGGACGAGACCCAUCAGGUGGCUCCACCGGAAAUGGAUCUUCUCAUCGCUAACGAAAGUAAGCUCCUCAUCAACCUCGAGGGCUGUGUGAACACACUGCGGGACGAGUGCCGCGAGUUUCUGCGCGAGUACGGCAAGGACGGCACCGACCACAACGCCCGCGCGCGCUUCCCCUGCUUCUACGCCGAGGAGAGCACCGACACCGUGGUGGCCAGGUUCAGCCUGGAGAAGGCUUACAACGAGUUCCUCAUCGCCUCAGUCGUGCCUUCCGUGCUGUUCGUUGUUUCGUGUAUAACUUUGAUUCUUUGUCAAAGAACAGUUGAGGUCGGAGACGACGCACGUAUGAGAUUCAAGAAAAGGAGCAAAUCCGACUCCAACAACAAGGACAACGGCGUCAGCGACGCUGGAGGGGGCGACCAUGCCAUGGCCCUCUGAGAUCCGUCGCGCAUUCCCCUCCUCCAAGACAGCCCGACGCACCAGCACGUUUUCUCACUGCAAGACUACUAACACUUUCCAUCAUUUCCUCUCUCGCUUAGCCAAACACAAUUUCCGCUUUAACGUGGUGGUUUUCAAAGUGCGCUGC